AUGGCUUUUUCCAGCUAUGCUGCAGUGUUCAGAUCACUUCUUUUGGUGCUGGUUCUAGCACUCACCGUAAGGACCUCACCGCAUGGGAGGGUAGUUCAUCCUCGACUCAGCAAGGAUGGUGUCUCUGUGAGGCUUCGUGAAGCUUGCCUGAACCAAAAGGAUCUCAAAUUCCCUACAACGGUGAAAGUUGAUGUUCGUAUCAGCAAUUCAGAUCAUGCCUUUACGAUGGUCCAUGAUGUCAGGAACCGGUCUCUUGCCCCUUGGGAUUACAGGCUCGACGAGGACCCCAACCGCUUCCCCCAGUUGAUCGCUAAUGCCGAGUGCCGCUUCUCCGGCUGCGUGGACCCCCUGGGGCAGGAGGACCACAGCCUCAACUCCAUCCCCAUCCAACAGGAGAUCCUCGUCCUCCGACGGGAGAAGCGGGGCUGCCUGACAACCUACCGACUGGAGAAGCAAGUCAUCACUGUGGGCUGCACGUGUGCCGUUCCAGUUGUCUACCACCAGUCUUAG